CUGACUACUAUAAACUGAAACGCAUCCCUUAAUUUUUACCGUUUUGCAAUCUGAAACUUUACGGUUUGUCUGUCUCGCUCCCACUUAGGUUGAUCGAAUGCUAUCUGAUUUUGUAACUAGUAUGCAGAAGAGUUUCUACAGGAAGAAAACAAAUGGUUGAUGGAGAGAAAUCGAAACAGGCUCGUUUCAAAGGAUUGAGGAAAGAUAAGAUAAGCCAGUUACCUGAUCCUUUGAUAUGUCAGAUACUUUCUCAACUUCCUACAAAGGAUUCUGUGAGGACAAGUGUUUUAUCCACCAGAUGGAGGAGUCUCUGGCUUUGGGUUCCUCUUUUGGAAUUGGAUUCCCAAGAAUUCCCAGAUUUUAGUACUUUUGCGAGUUUUGGUGACAGGUUUUUCGAUUCCAGGAGGGCUUCAUGUAUAGACAAACUCAAGUUAAACAUUCCUAGAUAUGAAAAUGGUGUAGAUAUUGGCUCUUAUCUCAAGUCAUGGAUUGAUGCUGCAGUCAAGCGAAAGAUCCGAGAUCUGUAUGUUUCGUGUCCUUAUUUAUAUGAGAUGACCCCAAGCCUUUAUAUCUGCGAGACACUGGCAUCUUUAACACUUGAUCUGGUGGCUUUGCCUAAUGCCGAGUUUGUUUCCUUGCCUUGUCUGAAAACUAUGCAUUUAACAUAUAUCAAAUUUCCCAAUGAGGCCACUUUCGAGAGACUUGUCUCAUCUUGUCCUGUCCUGGAGGAGUUAGAGAUUGACGGACGUGUUAAUUCUGAUGCAAAAGUCUUUCGGGUGCUCUCUACGUCAUUGAAGAGCCUCACUAUAAGUUUAAAAAAACAUGUGCCUAUGCAUGUUCUUGGUUCAGGAGUUGUGAUUGAUGCUCCUCGGCUAUGCUUUUUGAGCAUCAAAGAUAACUUAUCAGAAAGCUUUAUAAUAGCUAAUAUGGAUUCCAGUGCCAGUUUAUAUCUUUCUCUCAGCUUUGCUUUGGGAUUUUUUAAUGAAGUAAGCUUUUCAUCAGCGAGAAAUAGACUCCGCAGUUUUCUCCUUGGGAUUUCAAAGGUCAGGGAUAUGACGACAUCAAAAGACACUUUCGAGCUCUUCUUUGAAUACUCGAAAUUUGAAUCGCUGCCUCAGUUUCGUAACAUGUCCCGCCUGGAUGUCACAUUCUGCGUAUCUAAUUUGAUAUGGUUACCAACCUUUCUUGAGAGCUGCCCAAACUUGAAAUCUCUCACCAUGGUAUGCAGUGGUGGUUAUAACAAAACCAAUGAAAUCAGCUUUUCAUCUGUGCCUGAGUGUUUGCUAUCGUCUCUCGAGUUUGUUGAUUUCAAAGACCCGAUCAAGGGCUGUGCUGCUGAAAUGGAGUUAGUAGGAUACUUCCUAAAAAAUUCGGCUAUCCUCAAGAAACUCACUCUGUGUUUGGCUACAAAAGAUGACAUCUUGAAGAAAAUCCUCGAAAUGCCAAGAGGCUCUAGCAAAUGUGAAGUCGUCAUCCUCUUAUUGGUAAAGAGUAGAGGGAACAUAGUGAGGUUUUCUUCCACAAGUAAUCGGUUGAUGUAGGUUUAGGCUUUCAUUUGUUCCUCACCAUUUGUGACUUUGAUUAAUGGUGAGGUUCGCCGAAGAGCUCAUUGUUUUCAUAUUUUGGUGAUUUAUUGUAAAGACGAUGAAACUAUGUGAACAAGCGUAACAGUUAUUGCUUCAGUUCGCUUCU